GUGGCCCCUCUUGGCGGCCACAGAAGAACCGCUCCCGGGCGGCGUCAGGCGGGGCGGCGCUGGCCAGUCCCGGCCCGGGGUCAGGAUCAGGCGCCCCGGCUGGGUCCGGAGGCAAAGAGCGCUCGGAAAACUUGUCUUUGCGGCGCAGCGUGUCGGAGCUCAGCUUGCAGGGCCGGCGGCGGCGGCAGCAGGAGCGCAGGCAGCAGGCGCUCAGCAUGGCCCCUGGGGCAGCUGAUGCUCAAAUCGGACCUGCAGACCCUGGGGACUUCGACCAGUUGACUCAGUGCCUCAUCCAGGCCCCCAGCAACCGCCCCUACUUCCUGCUGCUCCAGGGCUAUCAGGAUGCCCAGGACUUCGUGGUGUACGUGAUGACGCGGGAGCAGCACGUGUUUGGCCGGGGCGGGAACUCGUCGGGCCGCGGCGGGUCCCCGGCCCCGUACGAAAAGAUCAAGGAGAUUGGAGACCGUCAGCCAGAAAACCACCCGGAGGGGGUGCCUGAGGUGCCCCUGACUCCUGAGUCUGUGUCUGUGGAGCUGCGGCCACUCAUGCUGUGGAUGGCCAAUACCACGGAGCUGCUGAGCUUUGUGCAGGAGAAGGUGCUGGAAAUGGAAAAGGAGGCCGACCAGGAGGGCCUGUCCUCAGACCCACAGCUCUGCAAUGACUUGGAAUUGUGUGAUGAGGCCAUGGCCCUCCUGGAUGAGGUCAUCAUGUGUACCUUCCAGCAGUCUGUCUACUACCUCACCAAGACUCUGUAUUCAACACUGCCUGCACUCCUGGAUAGUAAUCCUUUCACAGCUGGGGCAGAGCUGCCAGGGCCUGGUGCGGAGCUGGGGGCCAUGCCUCCAGGGUUGAGACCUACCCUGGGCGUGUUCCAGGCAGCCCUGGAAUUGACCAGCCAGUGCGAGCUGCACCCGGACCUCGUGUCUCAGACUUUCGGCUACUUGUUCUUCUUCUCCAACGCCUCGCUUCUCAACUCACUGAUGGAACGAGGUCAAGGCCGACCUUUCUAUCAGUGGUCCCGAGCUGUCCAAAUCCGAACCAACCUGGACCUUGUCUUGGACUGGCUGCAGGGGGCUGGGCUGGGCGACAUUGCCACGGAGUUCUUCCGGAAGCUCUCCAUGGCCGUGAACCUGCUCUGUGUGCCCCGGACCUCCCUGCUCAAGGCCGCGUGGAGCAGCCUGCGGACUGACCACCCCACACUGACCCCCGCUCAGCUCCACCACCUGCUCAGCCACUAUCAGCUGGGCCCUGGCCGCGGGCCGCCUCCCGCCUGGGACCCUCCCCCUGCAGAGCGGGAUGCCGUGGAUACAGGCGACAUCUUCGAAAGCUUUUCCUCGCACCCCCCACUCAUCCUACCCCUGGGCAGCUCGCGCCUGCGCCUCGCGGGUCCGGUGACGGACGACGCCCUGCACCGUGAACUGCGCAGGCUCCGCCGCCUCCUCUGGGACCUUGAGCAGCAGGAGCUGCCGGCCAAUCACCGCCACGGACCUCCCGUGGCCACGCCUCCUUGAAGGCCAAUAGCAAACGAGCGCGCGUACCUUGAAAAAUUAAUGGGCCCCUACUCGCUGGAGCCCGCCUGAGUGCAGAGCAUUGUGGGAGUUGUAGUUCUCACCCCGCAUGGGCUCCUGGGGAUUUGAGUUUUCGGGUGGCAGAGGAUGGGACGGUGGGAAGAUGGGCUCGGGAUGUGAGCGCCAAGAAGUAAUAAAGCUAUCUUUGGUAUUGGCA